AUGGGGUUCGUCGAGGACCCGCGCGACCGGGAGGCCGCGUCGCUAGUGUGCUGCCGGUGGCACCGCGUCGACGCGCUCUCGCGGAAGCACGUCAUGGUGCCCUUCUGCUACGCCGUGUCCCGGUGCUGGGCGGGCAGCGCCGCCGAGGCCGCCUUCCUCCGCCUGCUCGACGCCGAGGUCGACCGGUUCAACGCCUUCUUCCUGGAGCGGGAGGAGGACUUCGUCAUACGGCACAGGGCACGUUCGACCUUCUGCCUGCCCUCCGAUCCCCCCUCCAUACGCGUGCGUGGUGUCAAUGCGAGUGCGCACCGGUGUGAGUGUGACGUACGAUUGCGCGUCUUGAUCGUCGUCGUCUGUGCUGUGCAGGAGCUGAAGGAGACGGCCAAGAAGGUGGCCGAGGACGCGCUGCGGCGGCUGCCGUCGUCGGCAGCGGAGACGAGGAGUGUGCGCAAGGAGAUCGUGGACCUGCACGGGGAGAUGGUACUGCUGCUCAACUACAGCGCCAUCAACUACACAGGGCUGGCCAAGAUCCUCAAGAAGAGUACGACAAGCGCACCGGGCGGCUCCUACGGCUGCCCUUCAUCGAGAAGGUGCUCGGGCAGCCCUUCUUCGCCACGGAGCUCAUCUCCAGUCCAGGCUCGUCCGCGAGUGCGAGGCCACCAAGGAGGCCGUAUUCGAGGCCAGCAGAGGCCACGCCGGCGCGUCUGCGGGGACGGCCCCCGUGGCCGCAGUGGCAGCCGCCGGGCAGGGCAUCUUCCAGAACACCGUGGCCGCGCUGGUGACCAUGGGCACAAGCUCCGCAGCGGUAGCUCCACGUACGGCCACUUCUCGCUGCCACCGAUGGUCCCGCCGGAGUCCGACCUCCUGCGGUGCGUGUGCGUCCAGUUCGCCGCCGGUCCAGUGUCCAUCUGA